GGCAGCGCCGCAGCGCCGGGACCGAUGGGCCGGGACCGGUGUGGCCCGGGCAGGGGGGGCGGCCGGGCCCCCCCCGGCGAGACCCCCCCCAGGCCCCGCCAGCGCUGACAGGCCGCCAUGGGGGACGCCGGGGGGGGUUUCGGGCUGGCGGUGCCGGAGCUGCGGGCGCUGAUGGAGCUCCGGGGCUCCGAGGCGCUCCUGAGGCUGCAGCGGGACCUGGGGGGGGUCCCGGGGCUCUGCCGCCGCCUGCGCACCUCCCCCACCGACGGGCUGUCCGAGGGUCCCCCGGAGCUGGAGCGGCGCCGCCGGGCGUUCGGCCGGAACUGGAUCCCCCCGCGGCGCCCCAAGAGCUUCGCGGCGCUGGUGUGGGAGGCCCUGCAGGACGUCACCCUCGUCAUCCUCGAGGUGGCCGCGCUCGUGUCCCUCGGGCUGUCCUUCUACGCCCCCCCCGGCGCCGCCGAUGAAGAGUGCGGGCAGCUCUCGGGGGGCUCUGAGGACCCCGGAGAGGCCGAGGCCGGGUGGAUCGAGGGCGCUGCCAUCCUGCUGUCGGUGGCGUGCGUGGUGCUGGUGACGGCGUCCAACGACUGGAGCAAGGAGCGGCAGUUCCGGGGGCUGCAGAGCCGCCUGGAGCGCGAGCAGCGCGUGGCCGUCCUGCGCGGGGGACACCUGGCACAGGUGCCCGUGGCCGAGCUGGUGGUGGGGGACGUGGUGCAGGUGAAGUACGGUGACCUCCUGCCGGCCGAUGGGGUCCUGAUCCAGGGCAGUGACCUCAAGAUCGACGAGAGCGCCCUGACCGGGGAGAGUGACCACGUGCGCAAGGGCCUGGACAGAGACCCCCUGCUGCUGUCGGGCACGCACGUCAUGGAGGGCUCGGGCAGGAUGGUGGUGACGGCCGUGGGGGUGAACUCGCAGAGCGGAAUCAUCUUCACCCUGCUGGGGGCUGCGGGGGACACCGAGGAGGGCGGAGGGGACAGGAGAGGCCCCCGGCCGGACCCUGCGGUGGCCGUGGAGCUGCAGCCGCUGCGCAGCGCCGAGGGGGGAGGGGACAGCGCCGAGGGUCCGGGGGGGCCGCGACCCCCCCGGGGGGACCCCAAGAAGGAGAAAUCCGUGCUCCAGGCCAAGCUGACCCGGCUGGCCCUGCAGAUCGGGAAGGCAGGCCUGGCCAUGUCGGCCGUCACCGUCAUCAUCCUCGUCCUUUACUUCGUCAUCGACACCUUCGUGGUGCAGGGCCGGCCCUGGCUGGCCGAGUGCGCCCCCGUUUACGUCCAGUACUGGGUCAAGUUCUUCAUCAUCGGUGUCACCGUGCUGGUGGUGGCCGUCCCCGAGGGGCUCCCGCUGGCCGUCACCAUCUCGCUGGCCUAUUCCGUCAAGAAAAUGAUGAAGGACAACAACCUGGUGCGUCACCUGGACGCGUGUGAGACGAUGGGCAGCGCCACGGCGAUCUGCUCGGACAAGACGGGGACGCUGACCACCAACCGCAUGACGGUGGUGCAGGCGUUCCUGGGGGGCUCCCACUUCAGCCGCCCCCCGCCCCCCUCGGCCCUGCCGCCCCCCACCCUGGAGCUGCUGGGCCAGGCCAUCGCCAUCAACAGCGCCUACACCAGCAAGAUACUGCCCCCCGAAGCCCCCGGGGCCCUCCCCCGCCAGGUGGGCAACAAGACCGAGUGUGCCCUGCUGGGGCUGGCGCUGGCCCUGGGCCGCGACCCCGAGGCCGAGCGGGCUCAGGUGCCCGAGGAUCACCUGGUCAAGGUGUUCACCUUCAACUCCGAGCGCAAAUCCAUGAGCACCGUCCUGCGCCGGCCCGGCGGCGGCUACCGGCUCUUCUGCAAGGGAGCGUCUGAGAUGGUGCUGCGCAGGUGA